AUGAAGGUUGAUCCUCACGAUGCAAUACUUUACCAGACCGAAAGGUAUCAUACGGCCGAUUUUACUUAUACAUUACCAGUGCCGGCGGAUGAUGGUGAAUAUACACUUGUCCUCAAAUUUUGUGAAGUGUAUUUCCGCUCCUCUGAUCAGAAGGUGUUCGAUGUGCUAUUGAACGGUGAGGUUGUGAUACCAGAAUUGGAUAUAUUCAAAGAGGCAGGCGGAACUGGCGUUGCUUAUGACCAUUUAAUAACAUUUCAUGUAAGUCCCGACUUUUCUGUUUUCUUAAUUGUUCGGUUCUUUAUUUUCUAA